CUUAAAAACGCUUAAGAACUAAUUUGGAAACUUGUCAUUGAAAUGAAAAUGUCAUAUUCCUGAGGCAUUCAACAUUCCUAUCUUAAACAGUGAAACAGUGUGAAGAUUCCCAUUGCAUUACCACGAUGGAUAAUUAAUACCAUAUAGAGCAUUAUAGGUUGUGACAGAAGCCAGAAGUCUUCUUUCUGUUAAUCAGAACUUUUUUAUAGAUAUGUCAUACAAAGUGAAGGAAAAGUUGAUAUACUUUGUGGAUGAUGGAUAGGAGGAGAUGAUGGAAAUUACUGACAACUUGGGACAACAGCUUGCUAUUGCUUUGAGAAAUGGAGACGUUGAAAAGGCAAAAGCUUGUGUAAAGAAUUUAUCACAAGCAAAGGUGAAAUGUGAAAUAGAUUUAGAUAUCAAAAAUGUGAAUGACACUGCAAGAGAACAGGAAAUAAGUAUUAAAGUUCACAUAGAGGAUCGUAAUCAAUCUGGAGAUUUGGCUUUAACGCUGAAAGUAAAACUGAGUGAUACCAUUCAACUUCUGAAAGGAAAAAUGAUGCUUAAGUACCGAUUUCCUAUGGAGGUACAAAGGUGGGUGAUAAACAAGCGGGUUGGGUCGGACCAUGACACUCUGAGAAGACUAGGUGUCCGGGACGGUGACAUUGUGCACUUGUAUCUCAUGUCAGCGAAGUCUGUUGGACUCCGCAAGGAGGAGUUUGACCAGAAAUUGGAAACUGUUAUCCUGAAUCCAGAUGGCACUCCUCCCACUCCAGAAACUCCCAUGUCUUGUGUGUCAACGCGUGGAUUACCUCCCAGUCGACAAAGGUCAAAUCUGAGCCAGGCAAGCGAUAGGUCGUCUCUCAACCAAUCACAAUUAAACCUGAGUGAGGACCUUUCUGGGUUACUGAGGGCACAGGAAGAUCAAGGGUCACCAUCAUUGUCAGGUCAAGGGUCACCAUCGUUGUCAGGUCAGAUGCCAAGGUCAGGUCAGCCUCAACCUGAUGUGUAUGAACCUGUCAUGGAGCCUGCUUCUACCCAACGGGAAGGAUUAGAGGAUGGCAGAUGGAGUUGUCCACAAUGUACCUUUUUUAAUGAGCAAGGAAAAUCUACCUGUGCCAUGUGUGCCAGUGCUCGCCCAGAUUCUUACCAGAUCCCAAACCUAGGACGACCAGAGGUCAACCGCUCCAUUGGUAAUGAGACUGUUGAUGGAGAAAAUGUACUGACAAACUUGCCAAUGACUGGAGUACACAAAAAUUUAGCGAUCCUGCUGAAGAGGAAAACCCCCAAUGUGGAUCUGAUAGGCUGGAUGAAGAUGGCGUACACCCCAGCAUUGAUGAAAAGUAAAGAUUUUAUCAGGACUGUAGUGACAUGUGUGUGUGAAGAUGCGAUCAAUAAGCUAGGCACAAUAUUUGUUGUGGACCAGCACAAGAUCAUUGACCGUGAGGUGUUACUGAUGGAGGUGUUAGACAACCAGGAGUCUAGAAUGGUGGAAGCUUUAAUUGCCUUGCAGAAUCUUUACCACAAACUACAAUACCCAGAAGGAAUUCUGCCUCGGCUGUUUGAAGUGAUGUUUAACGACGGAAUUAUUUCACUGGCGGCAUUUAAGACGUGGGAGCGGCGUUAUGAUGAUUCCCAAUCUAAAAUAAAGGCUCUGUAUGACACUCAAACAUUUCUAAAUGACAUACAUGCUGACACUGAGAUUGAAUUUGACUGAACAUUUUGAACUGUUAGUUUACACAAUAAAUAUGCAUCACAGUAA